UACACACCAUAGAUACGCGCGCGCGCUCACCUCCUUCACGGGUAAGCGCGUGAAGUUGUCAGAUUUGACGGAAUAUUACCGAAAUAUCAGCUUGUUUGCGCUGUGAUAAAGAACAUUUCUGCUAGCAGCUGAAUGUGUAACCCGUGUAUAAUUUCAGAGGACAAUAUUUUGUGUGUGAGGUGCACCCAAUGAUCUGUAUGAUAUCAACAUUCACUUUGAGAUGACCAAGGAGAACUAAAAGACACCCUGGCGCCGCCUCAAGGUUUCUAUUUCUCUGUCUCCUGCCUCCGCUCCUCUAUGGGUUCCCGAAGUCAGGGGUUCUUCCACCUCCAAGAUCACCAUCCCCACCAUCAUCACCACCACCACCACCGCAGUUCAGUGGUGCCCACAGCCAUCCCCCGACUGCUGCCCGAGACCAGCAGCCUGUUGGGGGGCAUCGCCCAGAUCACUCCUUCCCUGUUCCUCAGCCGGGGGAAUGUGGCGUCCAAUCGCAGCCUCCUCCUGUCCAAAGGGAUUACCUGUGUGGUGAAUGCCACCAUCGAGCUGCCCAACUUCAACUGGCCACACAUGGAGUAUGUGAAAGUGCCACUGGCCGAUAUGCCUCAUUCUCCAAUCUCACUUUAUUUUGACAGCGUGGCUGAUAAGAUCCACAGCGUGGGCCGGAAACGGGGAGCCGUGCUGGUGCACUGCGCGGCUGGGGUGAGCCGUUCCGCCUCACUCUGUUUGGCCUACCUCAUGAAGUACCACAGGGUUUCCCUGGCCGAGGCUCAUGCUUGGGUCAAAUCCCGCCGACCCAUCAUUCGUCCUAAUGGAGGGUUCUGGCGACAGCUCAUUGAGUACGAGAGAAAACUGUUUGGCAGGAACUCUGUAAAAAUGAUCCAGACACCAUACGGGGUCAUUCCCGACGUGUACGAGAGAGACCGCAGGAACUUGGCACCUUACUGGGGCUUGUGAAGAGGGGUUUGGACUUUGGUUCACCCGCCAAGCGGUUUUCGACUCCACUGUCUUCCGGCCUCUUUCCGUACAUCCACAAGUCCCUCCUGCGAGAGAAUAAAACAAGAUGGGAGUGCUUAUGUCCAUUUUUAAAAUGGAAAAAGUCACUUUGAGUGCAUAUUUUAUGAGGUCAAAAGUGAUAAAAAAAAAAGUGCUGAAAUAAAUUUUUGCGAUGAUAAUGUUGGGUUUAGGAGCACAUUGGGAACCAAGUGUGGUGCUGAGAAUCAGGAAUUCAGUCCCUGGUUAAGACUUAUCAAUCGUAAUAUUGUGAGGAUGUUGUUUCAGUUCGGCGGUCUUCUUUGUUGAGAGGCAACAGUCUGAUUUCGAUUACUGGUAGCAUUUGAAAAUAAUAUAUAUUAAAAAUAUUAUAUUCCAAGGUGUAAUUAAACUUGUGUGUAUAAAAAAAAAAAAGAUUUUUGGAAGAUUUUGUGAAGUGACAAAAUGUUUAACAGAAAGACGUUACAAUAUUAUCGAAGUUUAACAGAUUUAUGUAUGUACAUUUUAUUGAACUCCAUGAAGGACGGUAUUGGCAUUUGUAAUGUCAGUGCUCCUACAAAACAGGAUGUUUCACAAGAAGUACAAAGAUAGACAUGGCAGUAGUUUUUUUUUUUUCUUCAAUUAAUUCUAUUUUGUCUAUUUGGUCCUUUUGCAAUUCUAUCCAGUUUUUAAUUUUUGACUCAAGAUGUUUCUUUCAUAUGUUUUCUGCAGUGAAAAAUUAAUUAUAACCAGAGCACUCCUAGCAAAGCUUUGACUAAUUUGUGUUAACUGAAUUUAUGUAAAAGAGUUCUAAUUGAAUUAGUGUUUAAAUGAAUAAAGGGUGAAAUAUUUUAACGUA